AAAGAUAUCUACCCAUGAACGGCUUCAGCUUAUUGGCGAUUGGGUCCUCAACUUGAUAAUCACAAAACAAUUUUUCUUCUUUACCCAAAUCUCGCAGCUCGCCAUAUCACUCAUCCUCGUUCUGAUAACACUGAAAACGAUAAACUUGCACGAGCAGCUGUUAACAAAGGAUUGCAUCGAUUCAUCACAAAGAAAACUACUAUCCAUGAUGAACAAGUGAUGAGUAAUAAACCUUGCGAGGUGUUUCAAAAAUAUUCCUAGAAAUGCUAGGAGAACACCCUGCAUCAAAGCUGCAAGAUAUUUGUCAAAAGAACAAGUUGGAUUUACAUAUGGUGAAAGAGUCAUGGAAGACUACUUACCAUCUUAAAAGGGAUAUAGCAGUUAACAAAGCAGCUAUGGAACCUGUGAUGAUGGACUUGGGAAUUGAUUAUAAGAAUGCAAGAGAUCAGAAAGAUGAAGUUGUGAGCUUUGACGUUACGUUGAUGAGUGGGGUAGACAUAAACAGAAAUCAUCUUUAACCAACUGAUCAUGGCGUUCCUUACCAUGGAUACUCAUCGCCCAUUUGAGUUUGGUGUUGCUUCAAUGGCGGGCCUCCUCUACCUCGAUGCUGCCACGUGUACGGAAAAAGUUUCACUUAAAACAACAUCUUAACGAAUUCGGAGCCGUUGAUUUAGCUUACUUUAAAUAUUCGGAGCCGUGACAAGUCAAAAAGCCUCUCUGCUCUUUAGGAUAACCCCAGCCGACAGCCUUGCUCUCCUCAGAGUUACACUGUCUUAAAUUAAAUUCUGGAUUUAUUAGUAAAUUAAUCACUCGCAUCUUUCUUCACUGAACAAACAAUAAAAAAUAAUUAAAAAUUCUCUACUUGCUCCACUUCACAAAUCUAACUCUCAUGAAUAGCCAACAACCCAAUUUUGAUUUUCUCUCUUGCUUGACUCUCUAGCAGAGAAGCAAGAGAAAGAAAAACAAGCAAAGAUGGGUUCGGUUUCAUUGAAAAUAGGGGAUGGAACGGCAAGAUUCAAGAGAGCAACACUUUGUUCUUCAGCUGUUAACAUUCUCAUGCUUUUUUCUGUUAUUACCACCAAUCUUUUUGCUUUAUAUGCCUUCACGUAUUCACCUAAACAACACAUAAACAACCCACUUCACCAUCCUCACAAUAACAUCUCUUUAAUCUCUCAACAAGUCUCUUUGAUUAUAAAAGAGAUCGAUUCUUCUCAAAGAAAGCUUGCCCAGAUGGAAAAACAGAUACUUGGUUAUGACACUUUUGAUCUUUCAAGACCCAAUCUUGCAACUGAACUUAAGUUGUUUUUGCAACAUCAUCAGCUUCCUUUGGGAAAAGAUUCAAGAACUGGGAUCACUGAGAUGGUUGCUUCUGUGGGGCAUUUUUGUGAGAAAUCUGCUGAUUUGUUGUCCCAGUACAUGAGUUACAAGGUUUCUGGACCUUGUCCUGAUGACUGGAGUCUUGCUCAGAAGCUAAUUUUGAAGGGAUGUGAGCCUUUGCCAAGAAGGAGGUGCUUGGCCAAGACUGUUCCUAAGGUAGGUCUUAGUUCUUUUCCUGUUUCUCUUUGGAAACCUAUUAGUGAAAAGAUUGUUACUUGGAGUGGUCUUGGUUGCAAGAAUUUUAGCUGCUUGAACAAUAAAAAAUUGAGUAGAGAUUGUGUUGGUUGCUUUGAUUUGGUUAAUGGAUAUGAGACUCAAAAAUAUGUGAAGGGUAGAAGCAAGAAUGAUUUUCUUAUUGAUGAUGUGUUAGCUAUGGGGAGUAGUGGGAUUAGAAUUGGAUUUGAUAUUGGAGGUGGAUCUGGGACUUUUGCUGCUAGAAUGGCUGAGAGGAAUGUGACUGUGAUUACUAACACCUUGAAUGUUGAUGCACCAUAUAGUGAAUUCAUUGCUGCAAGAGGCCUUUUCCCUUUGUUUUUGAGUUUGGAACAUAGGUUUCCAUUCUAUGAUAAUGUGUUUGAUUUGGUUCAUGCCACAAGUGGAUUAGACGUUGGAGGUAAACCAGAAAAAUUGGAGUUCUUGAUGUUUGAUUUAGAUCGCAUUUUGAGGGCGGGUGGCUUGUUUUGGUUAGAUAAUUUUUAUUGUGCUGAUGAUGAAAAGAAGAGGGCUUUAACUCGUUUGAUAGAAAGGUUUGGGUAUAAGAAGCUGAAAUGGGUUAUAGGAGAGAAGACAGAUGCAGCUGGGUCAGGAAAACCCGAAGUUUAUCUAUCCGCUGUUUUACAGAAGCCGGUGAGAAUCUGAUGGUUAAUAGUUCCUGGAAAGUG